AUGCAAAAAGAACUUGCUGAACUGCAAAACGACUUCAGAAUUUUAAAUCAACAUAAUCAACAAUUAACAAAAAAGCUUGAAUCACUUAAUAACGCAAAAAUAAAGAUGAAAGAAAUUGUCACCAAUACUCCAAUUAAAACAAAAGUCAACAAAUCUGAUGAUUUUAUUAUCACUGACUCAUUACUUGAAGGUGAAACUGAAGUAUCAUUCACAUUUACAUUAGAAGAUGAUUUCAUAGAAACUGCUAAAACUACAGUCUCUUAUAACAACUUUACCAAAAUUAUGAAAGAAUUUCAACAAUUCAAGCAGAAAAAACAAUCAAAAGAGCUUACGCUUGAACGAACAGAAAAUUUAUUUUUACCCGAAUACCCAGAAUUGUUUAAACAAUUCAAAGAUCUUAUUACACUUUUGUAA